AUGUGGCUAAAGGAUGACAAUAUCCUUAAGCUUCUAAAGGAAUGGUGGAAUGCAGCCGAGGUUUCUAGGUCUAGGAUCUACAAGGUUGUCAACAAACUUAAGAUUAUUAAGCAAAAUCCCAUCCAUUGGAAUAAGGAGCACUUUGGCAAUAUUUUUGACAAUAAGGCCCAAGUGGAAGCUGAGUUGGCAAAAGUGAAUGAGAAAGUGAUGGGACAUGGGAUGGAUGAGGCCCUAUUUUUGGGAGAAAAGAAACUCCUUGUGGAUCAUGAAUCUAUUCUUACCAAAGAAGAAGUCUUUUGGAAACAAAAAUCUAGAGAAACUUGGUUGGAGGAGGGUGACAAGAACACCAAAUUAUUCCACAAUAGUGUGAGGAUGAGAAGAGUCAUUAACCAUAUCUUGAAGAUUAAGUUGAGUGAUGGCUUUGAGGUGGCUAACCCUAAAUUCAUUGCGAAGGAGGCUGUAAAUUUCUUUUCUCUUAUUCUCAACUCUGACUGGAGCCCUCAUAGCUCUGUCCAGGACAAGUUUAUUAAGUGUAUCCCUAAGCUUCUGAGUAAGGACCAAACUGAUUCUCUGACUGCCAAAUUCUAUUUAGCAGAAGUAGAAGCAACUCUUAUGUAG